AUGGCUAGCAUAGCAUACAAGUGCAUACGACGCAGUGUGAAUCUCUUGGCUUUUCUGCUGCUUGUCGAGACUCUUAUCAUUGUUGUGUACAGUUUCUACUCCAAAAUACUGAAUAGGCUCGAGGUGUACGUCCUGUCUAGCGAAACAGGUUUUAGCAGUGUCAUCAACUACUUAGUUGGGUUUUCUCUUUUUAUGACAAUGGUCUCAUCGACUGCAGUGAACAGCAAGAGCAAGUUCACAAUCAAGAUCGCGAUUAUCUUUGGGGUGUUUUUCUUCCUGUUUUCUCUGGGGUGUUUUGCCUACAUAAAGCUAUCGUAUGCAGAUAAGCUACUAAAUGCGGUAUACUGCAUGUCCACCAGGACGCGCUCAGAUGAGCUGACAACCAUCAUGAACAUGAUUGGGGCAGGGAACAUAAUAAGAUCGCACAAGGAAAACAUGAGAAUAGUCGUGGAGGCCGUGCAAAGAGAGAUAUACAUAUUUAUGAUUAUGUUCACCUGCUACUACUCAAUCAGCGGGUUUAUAACCAUAUUUAUGAUACUGGGAAGCAACUGCAAGAUAAGCACUCCAAAGAAGAACGACGAAGAGCAAGAGGUAGAGGUAAUUACACAGACUGUUGGCUUCACAGGCAAGUCUCUUCGCAGGUAUCCUCUUGCUAACUAA